AUGGAUGACUUUCUGUCCCUGUCUCACCUCACCCACUACCCGGACAACUGCCUCUGUUCAUUCUAUCAAGUUGGACUUAAUGCCACCACACGAGUGCAGUUGUCCAAGGAUGGUCCUCGAGAGAGCCUCGCCGCCUUCAUCAAGUGGGUGCUGGUGUCCUGCAAGUCCCAUCUAACCGUGGACAUUGCUGACAACAACACCAGCCCCACUCAGGACCUUGAGCCUAGCCCACCCUCUCCCCGCAGUAUGGAGCAUAAGCCUGAGCCCACCGAUGAUGGAGAGCCAUUUCCCGCUGCGAUCCACGAGCCAGAGGGAAACCACGCGGCUGAGAAGAGGAUCGCGAAGGACGCGAUACAGCCGGUCCCUCCAGCCGAGAUGAGGUCGGGCUUCUACAGCCCAUACUUCAUCGUACCCAAGAAAGGCGGUGGGUUACGACCGAUCCUGGACCUGCGCGUACUGAACCGGGCCCUUCACAAGCUCCCGUUCAGGAUGUUGACGCAGAAACGCAUCUUUCAAUGCGUCCGUCCUUUCGAUUGGUUUGCAGCGGUCGACCUCAAGGACGCGUACUUUCAUGUCUCGAUUCUCCCUCGACACAGACCGUUUCUCCGCUUUGCGUUCGAAGGGCGAGCAUAUCAGUACAAGGUCCUCCCCUUCGGGCUAUCCCUGUCGCCUCGUGUCUUCACCAAGGUCGUGGAGGCAGCCCUCGUUCCAUUGAGGGAAGCGGGCAUUCGCGUUCUCAACUACCUCGACGACUGGCUCAUACUGGCCCAGUCCCGAGCGCAGUUGUGCGAACACAGGGAUAUGGUGCUCAGUCACCUCAGCCGAUUGGGGCUUCGGGUCAACUGGGAAAAGAGCAAACUCUCUCCGGUGCAGAGGAUCUCUUUUCUCGGCAUGGAGCUGGACUCGGUCAACCUCUCGGCACGUCUCUCAGUAGAGCGUGCGCAGUCGAUGCUGAACACAGAUGCCUCUGCCAGGGGCUGGGGUGCCAUGUGCAGUGGGAAUGCAGCUGCGGGGCUCUGGUCGGGGCCCCGACUACAGUGGCAUAUCAACUGCCUCGAGUUGCAAGCAGUAUGGCUGGCUCUGCGCCGCUUCAAAUCGCUGCUACACGACAAGCAUGUACUGGUCCGUACGGACAGCACUGCGACCGUUGCGUACAUCAACCACCAGGGCGGUCUACGCUCCCGUCGCAUGUCGCAACUCGCCCGCCAUCUCCUCCUCUGGAGUCAGAAGCAUCUGAGGUCGCUUCGCGCCGUUCACAUCCCAGGCGAGCUCAAUCGUGCAGCCGACGAGCUCUCACGUCAGCCCGCCCUUCCGGGAGAAUGGCGACUCCACCCCGAGACAGUCCAGCUGAUUUGGAGACGCUUUGGGGACGCUCAGGUAGACCUGUUUGCCUCCCCGGACACGUCCCAUUGCCAGUGGUUUUACUCCCUGGCCGAGGGACCCCUCGGCACGGACGCACUGGCGUGCAGCUGGCCUCGGGGCCUACGCAAAUAUGCGUUUCCCCCAGUGAGCCUUCUCGCACAGACACUGUGCAAGGUCAGGGAGGACGAGGAGCAGGUCCUCUUGGUGGCGCCAUACUGGCCCAGUCGGACUUGGUUCCCCGAACUGAUGCUCCUCGUGACAGCCCCUCCUUGGCGAAUUCCUCUGAGGAGGGAUCUCCUUUCUCAGAGAGGGGGCACCCUCUGGCACCCGCGU